AUGUCUCUAGUGAUUCCUGAGAAGUUCCAGCACAUUUUGCGAGUACUCAACACCAAUAUCGAUGGGCGGCGGAAAAUAGCCUUUGCCAUCACUGCAAUUAAGGGUGUAGGGCGAAGGUAUGCUCACGUGGUGCUGAGGAAAGCAGACAUCGACCUCACCAAGAGGGCAGGAGAGCUCACGGAGGAUGAGGUGGAGCGUGUCAUCACCAUUAUGCAGAACCCACGCCAGUACAAGAUUCCAGACUGGUUCUUGAACAGACAGAAGGAUGUGAAAGACGGGAAAUACAGCCAGGUCCUGGCCAAUGGUCUGGACAACAAGCUUCGUGAGGACCUGGAGCGGCUGAAGAAAAUUCGGGCCCACAGAGGCCUGCGCCACUUCUGGGGUCUUCGUGUUCGAGGCCAGCACACCAAGACCACAGGCCGCCGGGGUCGCACUGUGGGUGUGUCCAAGAAGAAAUAA